CAGUCACCUCGGAGGGGGCGGAGAUAAUGUUGUUGUCAUCGCCGAAUGGCCUCAGAUUUUCACGCUUGAAAAGAAGUGAUUUCACGUAUGAUAGACUGUACGUCGAAGCGAAGUUUACGGGCGAAAAGAAGCAAGGGAUCGUAUGAAGGCAGAGACGACGAGGCGCCCGGACUUUAAAAAUGUGUCGACCCCGGACUCAGCUGUGCUUCUGCACCGAUUCUCUCCGGAGACCAACACAUCCAUGAGAACCAGAUCCUGCUCUAAAUGGACUAUCCCGACUGAGUUAUAGUUUCCCUGAGACACAACUGAUAACUUUGCAACAAUGUCUGUCUCCACGGUUUUGGCAAAGGCGCUGUUUGACAACACGGCAGAGAGCCCGGAGGAGCUGGCUUUCCGGAAGGGCGACAUACUGAUGGUUCUUGAACAGGAGCAGGGUGGUGGGCCGGGUUGGUGGCUGUGCUCCUUGCAUGGCAGACAGGGCAUUGUCCCUGCCAACCGCCUUCGUCUCCUCCAGACCGCCCCACCACCAGGCUCUGAUCCCCGUCGCGGCCCCGCUGAGGACUCGGUUUACCUUUCGCCUGUCCCUCCGCUGGCUCGUUCUGCUGUCAGCAGCAGUGCAGAAGACUUAGACGGAGUGUAUCGGUCCCCUCCAGGCGCGGGUGAGGGACGAGUGGCUGGCUCGAGGCCAGGGGAGCUUCGCAGGGUCGACGGAGGGCGCCCGCGCUCGCAAUCCAGCUCUGGCACGCGGCCCAGACCGGACUGGGAUUUAGGGAUCGGGGGACGUCCACGCUCACCCUCCCUGAGAGGACGAGGCACCGAAACAUCAGGGACACUUUAUCAGACUCCAGUCAGUCCCAUGCCUUCUGCAGCCAGACAACCAGCAGCUCUCAUGGCUUCAGAAUCGGUGUACCUCGCCCCGACAGGAGUCCCAAGGGCUGCCGAUGAACCAGAGGACACUACAUAUCUAGUUCCAAGAGAAACACUAUCCACAGGACACUCAGAUGACUGUUACUUGGUGCCAAAAGGUACGCCACUUGCAGGGGACGAUGUUUACCAAUCGCCAACAGGAGGAGUUUUGGGCACUGCGGUUUGCUCGAAUGGCUCAAGUGGAACAACCGGUACACCCCAGCCUAAAGCUCUCAUGGACUCACCUGAGAUGUACCAAACACCCACGGCUGUUGGAACAUGCCUUCACAGGACUCCAGCCACAGUUUUGGCCCAUCAGCACCCUUCUCCAGUAUCCCCUGCCCAAGCAUCUCCUAGACCUUUGCUAAAGGGAGUUUUACCCAACCCCGCUGCAGCCAGGGGCAAGCCCGGCCUGGCCUGUCACCGGGGGUCUCCUAUGCUGAUCAGAGCAGGCCAAGUCAGGGUUUCCGGGUCGCCAAACUUCACCCGCAAACCCCCUCCACCAGCACCUCCAGUGAGGGGAGUCACCAGGAAAGAUGCAGCACCGUCAGCUGAUACUAACUCUGUCCCCAAACCCGCUGCUCAGGUCACUCCUGCAAGCAUGCAGCACGAGGAAGACAAACGGGGGGGAUUUCCUCCGAGUAAGGAGGAAAGAAUGAAUAACGGGCUGGAGAAAAGCAACAACUUGCAGAACAAAAAAGGAGAAAAUCAGGAUUCAGAUGCUGUGGACGAUCAGAUAUAUGAUACCCCUCCCAGCGGCAGGUGGCAGCGUCCAGUCCCAUCUUCCAUUGGUGAUGAGGACGAUAAUGGGAUCUAUGACACCCCACGCUGUCUCCCACCACAAGCGGAUUCUGAGAAUGAGGUCUAUGACGUCCCCUCCAUCACUCUGAAUGUCUCUGACAUCCAGCCUGAGGAAGUUGACGACGAUGUCUACAGUGUCCCCACACUUCCUGGUAUCCCUCUGGGCCCGGGAGACUCCACCCUCAGUCUCUCUGGAGACGACGUUGGACAGGUCUACCGUGUCCCCGGCCCGGAGAAACGAGCCAGCUAUCAGAACCGGGACUCCUCUGAGCCGGACUGUGGCAUAUACGACAUGCCUGCAUUGACUACCGAAAUCCUCGCUCACUCUCUGUCGUCCUCAUCCACCUCCACCCGCCGCCUCUCUGUUUCGAGCAACGGAUCAGGUGACGUGCAGUGGAGGGUCACGCUUUCCAACCUCGUCCACUCCGUGCUGAGCACCGCCUCCACGCUGUCGUCACGGGACCUGGCCACCUCGCUGGCUGAAAUCCUCUCCACCUGGAAAGCAUGUCACUCAGAAGAUCCCCCCUCACCUCUCCAGCAGACGUGGGCUCGCCUCUCCGACCUCCUGCCGGCGUUAUCCGCCAUCGGCACCGCUCCUCCGUCCGAGGGGCUGCUGACGCUGGUCCAGCGCUCCCUGGAGGAGAGCGCCCUCCUCUUGCAGGCUCAGGGUCGACCACGUUUGCCUUCCCAGGAUUCCCUGUCCCGCAGGCCGCUGCCCGCACUCCCAGUGCCUGAUGGGAAGUCUUCAGGAGGCGGGAUGGGCUCGCGCAAAGGAAGCUGGAUCCAGGAGAGGCCUCUUCCCCCAACCCCUCAGCCAGCCUUCCCCUUGCCCCCCACUCAGUCCACGGUAACGCUGACGGUGGGCCCCGCGGAUGAAGAAGAUGACCCAAGCAAUGAGUAUGCAGGGAUCGGAUUAACCCCCAUGCCGGCCCCUGUUCAUACAGGGGACAGUGUGGGAUACGUCAAACUGCAGGGUAAACCUGAGCCCCUCCCUGAUGUGCUGGGUGACAGCAGACACAUAACCGCAGACCCAACCUUGACCCCUUCCCCCCCGCUCCCCGUGUCCCUUUCCUUGGGGGACUCGGAGCUGCUGUCCUUCUACUCGUCUCAGAGCCUGGCUCACCUCUCCUGCCUGGCGGACGCCAUCGACGUGCUGUUCAGCAGCGUGCAGGGGAACCAGCCGCCCCGCAUCUUCGUCGCCAGAGGGAAGAGUCUCAUCGUGACGGCACACAAGCUGGUUUUUAUCGGGGACACGCUCUCCCGCCUUCUCAGCUCUGCAGACCUCCGUGCCAAGAUCACAACCUCAGGGGGACGACUCUGUCAGGCCUUGAAGACCGUUGUCGUGGCCACAAAGGGAGCUGCACAAAACUACCCGUCAGUGCCCGCCACGCAGGAAAUGGUGGACCGAGUCGCUGAGCUCUCCCAGCAGGCAGCUGGCUUCUCCACUCUGCUGCAGCGGCUGGCGGAAAUAUCUUCAUGAUAUUCCGUAUCAAUCGCUUAAAAACAAACUUUGUUUACACUACACAUAUUUUUUCCCUCUUUGAAAACUGCCUUAUUUGUUGUCGGACUCUUUCAUUACCUUUUUUUUGUUUGUUUGUUGGUUUAAGUGGGAUUGAAGCAAGCGAAGGAAUACGCUUUGUGGUUGCUAAGGGUUGUGAGUGUUGGUCCUGUCAUUCAAGUGUGUGUCGGUUUGCCUUUUGUUUAUAUACUGACCUCUGUGCUUUGAUGCCAGGCACACUUGUGUUUUUGAGUGUUAACUUAUUGAAUAUUUGAAGGCUUUGAGUGUCCGUGUGGACUGUUUAUAUUGGGAGCUUUGCUUUAUUGUGUUUGCCAUAUUUUCUUCCCUUCACAUGAUAGCCAUUUUCCUUCCUUCCUCUAUUUAUUCAGCCAGCCCCCCCUCUUCCAUAAAUAGCACAGAAGGAGGCCUUGCAUCCUGUUUCUGGCCUACUUUUUUACUGUUAACCUGAAAGGCCUUUUGUGAUGAUCAUUCUGAAGCUGUUGAAGCAGCCUAUCGAGUGUUUCGGGCUUAUUAUGGAAGACAUGGAAUAGGGUGUGGAGUAGGAAGUCUGCCUCGCUUCCGUUGAGUCCGUGCAAGUGUGUGUUGUGUUUGUGAAGUACCCGUAUCCACUACAAGGCAAAGAUCACUACGGCUUGUAAUCCACUCAAUAAGGAUAACAAGAUAAAUCUCUUAAUACAUGUUCAGUUUACAUUCAAAUUAAAAAAAUCCUGUCUGACAGAGAGCGGAUAAGAGUGAGUAAGGAUAGCUGGGUGAGAAAUUGCCUAAUCCUGUUUUUUCCCACAGUCACAUGGCAGCCUGGGAAUGGAUAAGAAACCAGUUGACCAAGCUAACCUGUCUGCACCCGUCUUGUUAUGAUCUGCAUGCUCACCUCUCUUUGCUUUUCAUGUUCAUUUCCCAUAAGAUGCUCCCCCCUGUCAACAGUGCUUUCUCACAUCUAGUAGUUUCAAAUCAGGUGGAAACUCAGGCUGCGUAUGAUGCAUAUAUAUAUUUCACUACAUAUAGAACUUUAACCAUAUCGCCCAGCUGAGGUAGAAACUGUGACAUGAAGCAUAGCACAUUUUAUUUAAUUAAUAUGGGGGGUUUUUUGCAUCUCAAAUACAAAACACUUGCCUGUUUUCCAUCUCAGACUAUUGUACUUCAGUCUGACCUCAACCGUAAUCAUUUGUACCAUAUUGUUAUGUUGCUGUGCACACAAACAGAAGCUGUGAUGGAUCAUAAAGUAGACUGGAAGGUAUAAUGCUUACACUACAAAUCUCAACUCUAGAAAGGUGCUUUUGGUAAUACUUAAAAUGGUUGGGAUCUAUCUUCUGUAUUGUCAGUAAUAUUGCUUAAACUCACUUAAUUUUCAGCUCCAAAUCAGUAUCAAUGCAUAACAGUUGUGUGGAUCAGUUUAAAUUAUUCUGUGGAGAACAUUUAAACUUCCUGCUUUUCGCAACUUCUCUGCUGCAGUGCCACCUUUUGGAGGUUUGAAGUAUUGCUUGAUGAAACCCUGCCUGCCAAAACAGGCUCUAAACUGUAUGUCUGAAGAGAGCAAGUAACCUUUAGCAGUAUAAUUAUUACUGUCAAAUUUUAUGUUAUUUGCAUUCAGUUUGCAUGGCUUUAAUUUGCUUACAUUUUAUAUAUGCACAUCCUUUACCAUGGGGUGAUUUUACUGGGUAAUUUACAACGAACUACAAGUUUUUUUCCCAGGAAAGUAUGUUACAUUACAGUUCCAAUGUAUGGCUCUAUUUUCUUUUGUACGAGGAGGUUUUUUUUUUACACUAUGUGAACUCAUUUGAGUCUGUUACCGUGUUUACUGAGGUAUAAAAGUGAAUAUUUGACUUUUCACCUAUAGUAACACGCCUCUUUACUUUUAACACUACAUUUGAUGUCUGUCUUGUAUUACCGUUCAGAAUGCACAAAUACAUCUUUUGCAAUUAAAA